GUUAUCCUUGUGAUUCCACUGUUCUUCCGAGGGUUGCCCGAAAACCAGUAUCGGUCAACCCCCAUGCGUUCUCCCCCUAACUCUGCCUCCGCUUCCCAUUCGGACUUCGUACCUCGCCGGUCCCGUCACCCCGUACGACGGGCCCUUACAGCGGGCACUGUUCUGGCUCCCAGUCAAGAUCGUCAUUGUCCUUUUCUUGGAAAUUCACCAUGUUCAAGAUUGCCGCUAGAGUUGCAAAUGCAGUGGGGACCUCAUCGCAUCGACUUGUGCUUGUAAGGGCGUAAGAUGUGGAUAAUGCUCUUUUCCAUGUGCCAGCGUGUGAGAAAGAGGUUGUUGGCUU